AUGAAGCGAUUCGUGAGAGCCAUCCUCGAAGCCGCAACAUCGUCAACAUCGUGGAGCGCAGGUCCCUCAGUGUCAUCGCUCCGUAAAAGACCCAUCUUGUGCACCGCCGUCGUCGGCAUAUUGCCCGCUGCUUUGCUCGCUCAUUCCAUUUACAAGUACAAGGUGAAGGACGCCACCCCCACCACAAGUUUCGUCGGCCGCAUCAGAUCCACGGGCACCAUGUCUAUCACGGAACCCUUUCAGUGCGAGGCCUGCGUCAAGGACGUUUCAGAUACUCUCCACAAGCUUCAAGGUAUUUCCAAGGUUGAGGCAAACCUCAAGGACCAGCUUGUUCUCGUAGAAGGCACAGGUGCCGCCAGCGCGGGCGGCCACCUUGACGUGAGAACUGCUCCAUCUACCAUUGUGAAAGCCAUACAAUCUACGGGCAAAGAUGCUAUCCUUCGAGGAUCUGGCGCCGCCAACAAUCUGGCCGUCAGCGGUGUGUCAGCCGGAUCGUACCGAGCUACGAUACGGGAGUACGGCGAUCUCAAAGAUGGCGCCACAUCCACGGGGCCCGUCUGGGGUUCCGCCUCGUCCGAGGCAAGCAAUGCAUCGGUAGGCGAAGCCAAGGGCUUCCUGGGCACCAUCGACGUUGAUCAAGAUGGCCAGGGCAGCGGGUUCCUCACGCACCCUUUCCAGGUGUGGGAAGUUAUCGGCCAUGCCAUGGUCUUCACCCGGCAAGACGACGCCGCUGGUUCUCUGAAGAACGACGAGGAUACCCUGACGGGCAUUGUCGCCAGGAGCGCGGGUAUAUGGGAGAAUGAUAAGACCGUGUGCUCUUGCUCCGGAAAGACGCUUUGGGAGGAGAGGCAAGACGAAGUGAAGAAGGGUAUGAUGUAA